AGGAAAAACGUACGCAAGAAGAGGCGGUCGUGAGAUGAGUCUUUGGAAUGGCUAACCAUAUUCAGACUGUUGACUGAUAAAAAAACAGAGUCGCAUAAAAGAGCGACUCUGCUUCUCUUUUCAGAUUUGGGAAAGCGAAACCUUAUUCAACGGAGAAACAACAUAGACCAACAAGAAAGAAUGCCAAUGCCGGGUUCAAUUUGGUUUUCUUAGUUUCCUCACUACCCCACACAAUACCAAAACUAUGAAACUUGUAUUUCUCUUCCUUACCAAACACUUCAUCAACUCUCCCUCUGCAAACAUAACAUGCCAGGUUUAGUAUUCUUUCUCUUUUGGUUCUUGGCAUCACACAUCACAAUUUCAUUCUCCUCAGACACCUUAACCUCAACGCAAACUCUUCUAACCAACCAAACCCUGGUAUCACCAAGCCAAGUCUUCGCUCUGGGCUUCUUCUCCGGGAUCAAUUCCUCUUGGUACUUAGGCAUAUGGUACAACAACAUCAGCAACGGACCCAUAGUAUGGGUUGCCAACAGAGACAACCCUCUUCGCAACUCCACAGGAUUUCUAACCAUCGGAGAAAACAAAAACAUGGUUCUAACAACUCCGUCAGGGGAAUCUGUUUGGUCCUCCAAUAUCACCGAAGCCAACAACCCCAUUCUUCAGCUCUUGGACACGGGAAAUCUAGUUCUCAGAGAAGAAAACGUAACUGACCCCACAAACUAUCUCUGGCAAAGCUUCGAUUACCCAACAGACACACUCUUACCUGGGAUGAAAAUGGGGUGGAACCUAGACACUGGCGUGGAGAAACACAUAACCUCGUGGAAAAGCGAAGGAAAAGACCCUUCGAGUGGAAAUUACUCUUUCAAGAUAGAUCCUCGUGGGAUACCAGAAAUUUUCUUGUGGCGUGACGAUAAUAUCAUAUACAGAAGUGGGCCUUGGAACGGCGAGAGAUUCAGUGGGGUACCAGAGAUGCAACCUGAAACUGACUCCAUCACGUUUAGUUUUUCAUACGAUAACCAUGGUGUGUACUAUUCCUUCUCCAUUGGGAACAGUUCUAUUCUGUCGAGGCUAGUUGUGACUUCGGGUGCCGAUCAACUUCAGCGUCUUACUUGGGUGCCAAGCAGCAACACAUGGACCAAGUUUUGGUAUGCACCUAAGGAUCAGUGCGAUGAUUACAAAGCGUGCGGUUCUUAUGGUUUGUGUGACAGCAACGCCUCGCCGGUUUGCACUUGUAUGAGAGGGUUCAGUCCGAAGAACCAGCAGGCGUGGAAUUUGAGAGACGGAUCUGAUGGGUGUGUGAGGAACACGAAUUUGGAUUGUGGGAGUGACAAGUUUUUGCAUGUGGAGGACGUGAAGUUGCCAGAGACAAGUAUUGUGUUUUCGAACAGGAGCAUGAACCUAGAAGAGUGUAAAGAUUGGUGUCGCAGGAAUUGUUCUUGCACUGCUUAUGCCAACAUUGAGGUCACAAACGGAGGAACCGGGUGUGUUACGUGGAGUGGUGAACUCAUAGACAUGAGGCAGUAUGCUUCGGGUGGACAAGAUCUCUUUGUCAGAAUAGCAGCUUCUGAUGCAGAGGACACUGCAGAUGGGUCUCAAAAGUCAAACCAUAUCGGAGAGAUUAUAGGAAUUACAAUUUCUGCUGCGGUAGUAAUUGUGGGACUGGUUGUGAUUUACUGGAAGAAGAGGAAAGUGUUAGGUAUAUCGAAUGUGAAGACUACCCCCAGAGGUUCUUUCCAAAGAAGUAGAGAAUUGCUGACAAGUGACGGGGUACUUUCAACUAACAGAGAAAACUCUGGAGAAAGGAACAUGGAUGACAUAGAGUUGCCAAUGUUUGAUUUUAAAACCUUAGCAAUGGCCACAAACAACUUCUCAGAAGCAAAUAAACUUGGACAAGGAGGGUUUGGUAUUGUUUACAGGGGAAGGCUGAUGGACGGCCGUGAUAUUGCAGUGAAGAGGUUAUCAAAAAACUCAUCGCAAGGAGCUGAAGAAUUUAAGAAUGAGGCCAAGUUAAUUGUCAGACUUCAACAUCGAAAUCUUGUUCGGCUCUUUGGAUGCUGCGUUGAGAUGGAUGAGAAGUUGCUAGUGUAUGAGUACAUGGAAAACAGAAGCCUUUAUUCCAUUUUGUUUGACGAAGCCAAAAAACCCAUGUUGGACUGGAACAGACGCUACAACAUUAUAUGUGGUACAGCUAGAGGCCUACUUUAUCUGCACCAUGAUUCCAGACUCAGGAUUAUCCACAGGGAUCUCAAGGCAAGCAACGUUCUACUUGACAGUGAAAUGAACCCAAAGAUAUCAGACUUUGGGAUGGCCAGACUUUUUGGCGCGAAUCAGACAGAAGGAAACACACUAAGAGUUGUUGGAACAUAUGGUUACAUGUCUCCUGAAUAUGCUAUGGACGGAACCUUCUCGGUGAAAUCUGAUGUUUUUAGUUUUGGAGUGCUAGCGCUGGAAAUUAUAACUGGGAAGAAAAAUAGAGGAUUCUAUUACUCAAACGAUGACAUGAAUCUUCUAGGGCAUGCAUGGAGACACUGGAGAGAUGGCAGUGCAUUGGAACUUGUUGAUUCAUCAAUUGGCGAUUCGUAUUCAGCAUCUGAAGUUCUCAGAUGCAUACACGUUGGACUCUUGUGUGUCCAAGAACGUGCAGAAGACAGGCCAACAAUGUCUUCAGUGAUGUUGAUGCUGAGUAGUGAAUCUUCGUUAAUGCCACAACCCAGAAACCCUGGAUUUUCCUUAGGGAAGAAUCCUGCGGAGAUUGAUUCUAGUUCAAGUAAGCAAGAUGAAUCAUGGAGUGUGAACCAAGUUACAGUCACAUUGCUAGAUGCUAGGUAGUUAGAAGAAGCAUAGCAUCACCUAGCACAUUUGUACAUAAAUAUUAUCCUGUAAAUUUACCUUCAUAUCUGAUAGUUGCGGCAUCUUUGAGAUCUACUUUUUGAUCUUGUUUUGGUGUAAUAUGCAAGAGAUACAGUGAAAACCACACUACUUACUUUAA